GCUCCUCAGUGGCAGGCGCGGCCGCGGGUCCCGGCGCCGCCACGUGGGUCGCGGCUGGGAUGCUGCAGGUGCGGCCGGGGCUGUACCUGGGCGGGGCGGCGGCCUCGAUGGAGCCGGGCAGCCUGAGGGAGGCGGGCGUCACGGCCGUGCUGACCGUGGACGCGGAGGAGCCCGACCUCCCGGGGCCAGACCUGCGGCGGCUCUUCGUGCGCGCGCUGGACGAGCCCGGGACCGACCUGCUGAGCCGCCUGGACGGCUGCGUGGCCUUCGUGCGCCAGGCGCGCGCCGAGGGUCGCGCGGUGCUGGUGCGCUGUCAUGCGGGAGUCAGUCGAAGUGUCGCUGUCAUGACUGCCUUUCUGAUGAAGACUGAGCAGCUCACCUUUGAAAAGGCCUAUGAAAACCUCCGGACGAUCCACCCCGAGGCCAAGAUGAACGAGGGGUUUGAGUGGCAACUGAAAUUAUACCAGGCCAUGGGAUGCGAAGUCGAUACUUCUAGUGCAAUUUAUAAGCAAUAUCGUUUACAAAAGGUUACAGAGAAGUACCCAGAACUGCAGAACUUACCCCAAGACCUCUUUGCUGUCGACCCAACUACGGUUCCACAAGGACUGAAAGAUGAGAUUCUCUACAAAUGUAGGAAGUGCAGGCGGUCUUUAUUCCGAAGUUCUAGCAUUUUGGAUCAUAAGGAAGGGAGUGGUCCCGUAGCCUUCGCCCACAAGAGGCUGAUGCCUGCGUUCGCACCCGCCCCGGGGGGCCCGGCUCAGUGCACCUCACACUUUGUUGAGCCUGUGCAGUGGAUGGAGCCCGCCCUGCUAGGAGUGAUGGACGGACAGCUCCUGUGCCCCAAAUGCAAUGCCAAGCUGGGUUCUUUCAACUGGUGCGGCGAACAGUGCUCCUGUGGUAGGUGGGUAACACCUGCUUUCCAAAUCCAUAAGAACCGAGUGGACGAAGAGCGACCGCUCCCGCGUCUGGGAUCGCAGUCGAGAAAAGCGUGAGCGUGUGGCACCUGAGAGCCUGGAGGGAACUUGCCGGCGGUACCGGCUGCUCGCUCCCCGCCACUCCCGCAGAGUCUGGUGUCGGGCCCGCCGGCGUUUAUGGGGAAUGUGAGGCGGUGAAGGCACCUGAUGUGACUUGGACACGGUGUCUAAGGAGAACCCUUCACGUGGAAGUUGAAACUUUUUAAUCAUGUAAAUUAUACUUUGUUGGAUAUUAAAAUACUCUGUAA